GCGUCGGCCCCUUUAAGAACCCCUCCCCCCACGCCGCGCGGCCGGGCGCAGGGUGGUCUGGAGCGCGAGGGGUGUACGGGCGCCCUGGCACGAGCGUCCCGGGCCGGGCGGGGCGACGGAGGCAGUGUUGGUGCUGGGGUGUCUGCUGUGACAGCCGCGCCUGGUACCCGAGCCCCCGUCGCCUCGCGCCUUGGCGGGCGCAACGCACGUGGCUCCGGCCGCGAUUUCGCGCCCGUGGGGGCCCCCUUGGUCGGGCGUGUCAGCAACGCCGGCUGGAGAACCCCUGGACAGUAGUUUGCAGCUGUUAACAUCUGGCAGGACCUCUCCAGGCCUUUCUCUUGGUCGGUGCGGUGCGGGCCGAGUCAGUGCGAGUGGGGUUCGAGUGGUGAGGCUGGCCCAAGGGACUACUGUGCUCCCGGCCUCCCACCUCAGAGAUGGGGCAGGGAGGCCUCCCAGAGAUUCCAUCGAGCCCUCGAGGUUCCCAGUGGCCCUGGACUACCCAGCUUGUCCUGAGUGCCAGUUCUGCCUACGACUGACCCUCACAUUGGGGCCAGGCUAGGGGAGUACAGUGGGUGGAUCCCGUCCCCUGCCCUACCCGUGUGAGUUUCCUCCGAGGCCUGUUUGGCUGUGUGAGUGGUGGAUCUUCCCCCUCCCCCUAGCCCUCAGUGGGUCUGAGCUGCCUGACUGUGGGAAGUUUGCCGUCUGGGACGGUGACCUUGGGCUGCUCUGGCCGGAUCUCGGAGAGGAGCCUACUGAGUGCGCUUGGCCUUGGGAGCUGUCCACCUUCUAUUCGUCUCCCUGUAUCCGCGGAGGCUGUGCAUAGGUGUUCUGCAGACCAUGAACUGAUCACUAGUCCCAGACAUUCAUGAGCACAGUGUGAGGCUCCUGAUCACCACCCAGCAGCCCCUUCCUCUCUGGCACUAAGGACCCCCGGAGAAGAUGGGGAGGAAAAAGAUUCAGAUCCAGCGAAUCACUGAUGAACGGAACCGCCAGGUGACCUUCACCAAGCGGAAGUUUGGGCUGAUGAAGAAGGCCUACGAGCUGAGUGUGCUGUGCGACUGCGAGAUCGCGCUCAUCAUCUUCAACCACUCCAACAAGCUGUUCCAGUAUGCCAGCACCGACAUGGACAAGGUGCUGCUCAAGUACACCGAGUACAACGAGCCGCACGAGAGCCGCACCAAUGCUGACAUCAUCGAGACCCUGAGGAAGAAGGGUUUCAACGGCUGUGACAGCCCAGAGCCGGAUGGGGAGGACUCACUGGAGCAGAGCCCCCUGCUGGAGGACAAGUACCGGCGGGCCAGUGAGGAGCUGGAUGGGCUCUUCAGGCGCUAUGGGUCAUCUGUUCCGGCCCCCAACUUUGCCAUGCCUGUCACAGUGCCCGUGUCCAAUCAGAGCUCCAUGCAGUUCAGCAAUCCAAGUAGCUCUCUGGUCACUCCUUCCCUGGUGACAUCAUCCCUUACGGACCCACGGCUCCUGUCCCCCCAGCAGCCAGCACUACAGAGAAACAGUGUUUCUCCAGGCCUGCCCCAGCGGCCUGCUAGUGCAGGAGCCAUGCUGGGUGGAGACCUCAACAGUGCUAAUGGAGCCUGCCCCAGCCCCGUUGGGAAUGGCUAUGUCAGUGCCCGAGCUUCCCCUGGCCUCCUCCCUGUGGCCAAUGGCAACAGCCUAAACAAAGUCAUCCCUGCCAAGUCUCCGCCCCCACCUACCCACAACACCCAGCUUGGAGCCCCCAGCCGCAAGCCUGAUCUGCGGGUCAUCACUUCCCAGGGAGGCAAAGGGUUAAUGCAUCAUUUGACUGAGGACCAUUUAGAUCUGAACAAUGCCCAGCGCCUUGGGGUCUCCCAGUCUACCCACUCGCUCACCACCCCAGUGGUUUCCGUGGCAACACCAAGUUUACUCAGCCAGGGCCUCCCCUUCUCCUCCAUGCCCACUGCCUACAACACAGAUUACCAGCUGCCCAGUGCAGAGCUAUCCUCCUUACCAGCCUUCAGUUCACCUGCAGGGCUGGCACUAGGCAACGUCACCGCCUGGCAGCAGCCCCAGCCACCCCAGCAGCCACAACCGCCACAACCGCCACAGUCACAGCCACAGCCACCACAGCCACAGCCACAGCAGCCACCUCAGCAACAGCCCCACUUGGUCCCCGUUUCUCUCAGCAACCUCAUCCCUGGCAGCCCCUUGCCUCACGUGGGUGCUGCUCUCACAGUCACUACCCACCCCCACAUCAGCAUCAAGUCAGAACCAGUGUCCCCAAGUCGUGAACGCAGCCCUGCACCUCCUCCACCAGCUGUGUUCCCAGCUGCCCGCCCUGAGCCUGGCGAAGGUCUCAGCAGCCCAGCUGGAGGAUCCUAUGAGACCGGGGACCGGGAUGAUGGACGGGGGGACUUUGGGCCCACACUAGGCCUGCUGCGCCCAGCCCCAGAGCCUGAGGCUGAGGGCUCAGCUGUGAAGAGGAUGCGGCUGGAUACUUGGACAUUAAAGUGAUGGUUCCCACUCCCUCCUUUCAGCCUCCCUGAUGAAGAGUUGACAAUCUCACCGCCCACCCCUCCUUAUCCUGGGCUCCUCCCGCUCGACCCCACUUCCUUUCUUCUGCUCCAUGUCCUGUUGAUGGUUACAUUUGUGUAUAAUUAUAUUAUUAUUAUUGUUAUUAUUAUUAUUAUUAUAUUUUUAAAUUCGAAUUCUCGCUUUAGAGAGAGGGAUGCUCUUGCCCCUUUCUUGCCCCCACCAUUUUCACUGAUGGGGACUCUCUUUAUUGCGGGAAAGGGGGGACACUUUGCACGUUGUACACAUAUGCUGCAGGAAGGGGGGAGGCGGUAGGCCUUGGAGAAGGACAGGUGCCGAGCCCUGCAUGUGGAGCCCUCCCAUCCCAUUCCCAGAUAGAUGUAAAGAACCAAAAACUACCCAACAACAAAACCCAGAUAGUGGACUGAAACCCAAAGCUGGCUUGACGAUGGGCUUGUGUCUCAGGGGAUAGGAUGAGGCAGAGUUUCUGCUUCUGGGCUGUUCACGGCUAAUACCCAUCCUGGUCCCUCCAGCUUCCUGCAUACGUAUCACACUCGCUGAUCCUGUGUGUUACACUCUAAGAUCUGGAUGAUAGAAAGGCUGCCUAGGAAUCUGAGGCCAGGGAAGGGCUUGAGGGUGCAAUCUCUAGAGAUAACAUGGAGAGAGACAGCUGUAGAAAGAGGGCUGAUGAGGACAGAAGGACUGGGUGUGGUGAAUCGGGACCCUACUCCCAGCUUUUCUUUUAAGAUGUACAGUGCAAUAGCUCCCCAUCCUUUAGCCUACCCCAAUCCUAAAGAAAGCUGGCCAUGUACUGGGAGAGUUGGGAGAGGACCUUCAUUGAAGUGGCUCCAGGAUGGGCCAGAGUCGUCCUUUGGUUCCCUGGGGCACUGAGAGCAGGAGGCUUGUCAGGGGCAGGGUGGGGAGGACACCUCUUGGCUUUGUGCACCUGUGUCCAGGAGAGUACUUACUGGGCACAUGGAGGCUCCUGUAGAUGAGGCCCGGGCCCUUCCCCAGGCCUCCGAGCUCCUGCCCCUGACCCACCUCCCAGCUCUCUGCGUGCUCCUUGUCUCGCUACCUCCUGUCCCUCCACCUCCAGGCCACAUCCCAAACCUGCCCUCUUGCUACUGUAAUUGUAAAUAGAGACCUUUCAAAUGUUAGUGGUGUAACCGUCCAGGAAACUGUUGUGUUUGUUGUUGUUGUAUUGAUAUGAAAUGAGAUUCUAUUUUUGUCAAAGUAUAUUGUAAUAAUAAUGACUCAAAUGGCCCGUACUGUACAGAUGAGAUUCUUCUGCUGUGUUCUUGCCUUCCUCUCCAGACUAAUGCUUUGUUGCCUCCUCAGUGGGGCUGCAGCAAGCACCAGGGGCAGUGGAAGAAGCACUGGGUCCUUGGACCUCUUGCUGGAUCUGAGGUCAGACUGGAGGGAAUAGUUUGCCCCCUCCCCAGCCUGCUGUCACCACCCCUGCCCUUCCUCUGCUUCCCCACCUGAGGAAAGGGGAUGGGAGACCGCACACACUCCCUUGGAGUUCCUCCCAGCUGGAGGGUAGAGUUAGACAAGGCUCAGUGUUGUAGUACGAUGGUCUUUGCCCACCUGUGACCCAGCCUUUUGUAGUAUUUUGACACUUGAUGCAGGGAAGGAGCCAGAAGCAGAGGGGUGUGAGCAUGCUCGUGGGGGCGUAUCUGGGUUCACCCUGUAUUUAUGUGUUUGUGUGCAGCUGUGCGGAUGUACCUUUGAGUGACUCAAGCUCCAAGGGCCUCUGUGUGAGCUGGGUGUGUUUACAAGGGAUCAGCGCCUUCCAACUCUGUGGCUUCACCCCCUCCCCGGGCUGCUCUCAGUCCCAAAACAUUUUACUAAAGUCAUGGGGGACGGGUGCUAGUUGGCCUUCCUGUUUCUCCCCACAGCCUACCUCCACCAGGGCUUCACAUUUGGAGCUCUGCCUCCAUAUGGCUAUCCACUAGCCCCACCCAGGCAUGGUUCAUCCCUGGAGUUCUGACUUGUUUAUGGAGCCAACUCAAGUUCCUCUUGCCCGGAGCUUUGCCUUUUGUAAGGCAGGGACCCUCCCUUAGCCAGAGUUUACCCCAGUAGCUGACCAGGCAUGGGGUGCUACCCACAUGCCUACCUUCCCACUCCUCCUCACAAGUACUGGAGGGAGUUUUGCUUACGGCCUUGAAAGAAGCCAGGGCUGUAGUCCUGUGCUCCCCUUGAAGUAGCUGGCACAUUGUAGGCCCUCAGUAAAUGCUGAAUGGGUGGAUGACAGGUGCUCAAUAAAUGUGGAUUCAUGGCCUCAUCUCAGGCCCAUCCUUCAAGGCUGAGCUUGGCCACCAUUAGUUGUAGGUGAAGCCCUAUAGUUCACAGUGUGCUACUCAACAGUUUGCCAUCUGCUUCCCGAAAGCAAACCUGGCUUGUGAUUGCCUUGUACGGAUGCGUGCAUGCACUGUGCGUGUCUGCACACACGCGUAUGAGUUCCUGUGUGUCUCUGUCCCUGACUGUAGGGGCAGUCUGUGAAUGAGUAUGUGACAUUUCUGCAGUUUAGUAUCCCCAGGUUUCUCCUGGGGCUAUGCAGGGGCUUCUGGCUGGCCAGGUAAAUGGAUCCCUGGGAACCUAGACCUCAAAUGGGGACUUAUUUUCUUCCUCUCACAAGCCAAAUUUGCCUCCUCUCCACUCCCUCUACAGAACUGGGUAUUUGCCAAAGUAGCCUCUGGCGUCAUCCAGUGCCCUUCCCACCCAGGUUCCCCUCUGCUUUCAGGGAUAGUGGGACCGAGGGCCACCCCCACAUGCCUCAGUUUAGCACAUUUCCUCCAUCCCCAGCAGUGCAUCCACCCACCCCUCCCCAACUCAAACAGGAAGGAAGAAAGAAAUGCACCUUCUCUUGCUCGUUAUUUAUUUGUUUGGAGAGACAGAAAUGAUGAAAAAGUAUCUAAAUCUCUCUAUAUAUAUUUUUACCUAACUCUCUGGAAUCCCUGUGGGGGAAUGUAGGCUCUCCUAGAGGCUGGGAGCUCCUUGUUCUACCCUGUCUGCCUCUACAUAAGCAGAAGGGGUGGGAUGUAAUGGGGCAGGAGGGCUGAGAUUCCCAAGGAGAAUCUGAAUUCUCUACCCCAUUCAAGUCCCAGAAAGAGGGAAGAAGGGAGGGAUGGGCCAGCCAAGAGCUGACCUGUCCCGAAACUUGACAAUCACCCACACUCCUGGCUCCUGGGUCUGGGUGAGUCCAAGUGUGUGGCUGUUGGUUUGUUUUCAUUAUUUCUUUCCGUGCUGUACGGUGAUGCUUUCUAGUAUUCUGCACAUUAAGAAAAGUCCUCGAGAUUCUUAUGAGUUUGGUUUGAAAACUCUUUCACUAUAUUUGUUGUAAAGAGGUUUACUAUUAAAAGAAAAAAAGAACAUGUUUCUGAUA